AUCGGGCCCCGUUAGACGACAGAGAUCUCUAGGUACACCAGAGAGAGCGGGCGCAUCCGUGACACCGGCCAGCGCGGCUCACGGACAGGAUCAGGAGGAGCAGUCCCCCGGCUGUUGCCAAGGAUCGUCAAGCAUGGGCUGUUGCGGCUGCUCGGACGAGCCAUCGUCCAAGGUGGAGCCUGGGACACUGGACCAUGAGGGAAUGUCGAGGCAUUCGGAGCAGAUUUUCGUGACCCAUCGAUCGUGCACCGAUAUUUUACCCGUGCUCCUGCUGAUUGGCCUGACAAUUGGUUUCGGUUUCCUGGUGACCAACGUGGUGAAGAAAGGGGACAUCUACCGUGUUAUAAAUGGCUACGAUGACUGUGCGAACGUUUGUGGCCGUGUCACGGAGCCUGAAACUAAUCCUGAAUACAGUUGCAAGGGUGCCGACAAGACGAAAGAGCGGUACCUACUGAUGACCCUGGAUGUGAAGGGGGUGAAAUCGCGCCAAUGCGUGGUCAACUGUACCGAUGACCACUUCGUGUUCCUGAAUCGGUGCAUAAGCAAACAGGUGCACGAGACAGCUACUUCCAUAAUCAGGAAGCUCGGUUUGGAAAAUUUCUACAAGGAGGCCUCCAGGGAUCUCGGUGUCGCUUGGAGGGAGCUGGUCUAUUUAUUACUGAUCGCUUUAGCCUUCUCGUUGGGCAUUUUAAUCGCGUUCCGUUACAUGGUGCAAUGGGUCGUUUACAUCAUUUUGCUCGGUGCUAUUCUGGCGUGUAUCGGCUGUUCAUCGUACCUUUGGCUCGCGUGGUACAACGAGAGAAAGGCUGUGGCAGCGCAUGAAGUACCGGAGGAAGACUCCAGUGAGCAAGCGUAUCUCAUAUAUGCGAUCACGCUGACCGUCGUCACGGUGAUCACGCUUCUGAUCGUGCUGGUGAUGAGGAAAAGAAUCGCCCUCGUGAUGCAGCUGUUCCGCGAGGCGGGAAAAGCUGUCUACGCGAUGCCUGCCCUACUUCUUCAGCCGAUAUAUACCUAUCUGCUGAUCGGUUUGACCGUGUGCGCUUGGGUCUAUUGCAUGCUCUGGAUAGAGAGCGCAGGAAACAUUUACAAGAACCGGAAGGGCCACAUCCACUUCAGGAAGGACGCUCUUGUGAUCGUAAGUAGAUGGUACAAUGUGUUCUUCUUCUUCGUCACCUGCGAGUUCCUCCUAGGCUGCCAGCAUAUGGUUGUCGCAUUAGCUGUUGCACGAUGGUUCUUCACCAGAGAUAAGAAACAUCUUUCUUUGGCUGUAACACGAGGAUUCGGUUAUCUCAUGCGAUUUCAUUUAGGAACAGUUGCAUUUGGUGCACUUGUCAUUGGCAUAGUUCGUCUGAUAAGAUCCAUGAUUGCCUUCGUGCAAAAACAGUUGAAACGUUAUGAUAAUGAUGUCGUACGAUGCCUGUUAUGCAGCUGUCAGUGUUGCCUAUGGUGUUUCGAAUGCGCUCUGAAAUUCCUCACCAGAAACGCUUACAUCGAGACAGCGAUAUACGGGUGCAAUUUUUGUAGCGGUGGCAGGAAAGCAUUCCAUGCUCUAUCUAGCAAUAUUCUAAGAGUUGCUGCAAUUAACAGCGUUGGAGAUUUUGUUCUAUUUUUAGGGAAGGUUAUAGUGGUUACAUUAACAGUUGUUUCAGGGAUUUACUUAAUGCAGAAGAAAGAAGGACUCAAUUACCCAUGGGUACCAAUUGCUUUGGCAGGAGUUUUUGCUUUCCUGGUGGCACACUGUUUCAUUUCCAUCUAUGAGAUGAUCAUAGACUCCAUAUUCAUUUGUUUCUGUGAAGACUAUGAAAAGAACGAUGGCAUCAACAGGCCUUACUACAUGAGCCGUGGAUUAAUGGAAUUCGUCGAAAACAGCAAGAAAGCUCUGCGAUAUCUGGAUCAAGAGCCUCAUCACACGCAAUGACGAGGUUUUAUUGCUCGUUAAAAGCCAAUUGUGCAUUUGACAAAUGCAAAAGACUUUCCAAUUAUGUCUUCAGAAUUACAGCGACGUGAAACACAUGGCAAUGCCUAGCGAAUGAACAUUAUACUUAUAUUAUAGCUUGAACGUUUCUUCCCGUUGUGGCAUGUGCAAAAUUUUCCAAACAUUCUAGACGUUUUUUACCUGUAUUUUGAAGUACAAGUACAGUGUCACAAAUUCUAGACGAUUUAGAACGAUAACUGUUUAUUACAGUCUGCUCAAAAUUAAUU